UCAAAACAUCGGAAAUAACCAAAUAAUGGCUGAAAAUAAACUACCAAAUGCUAAUAAUUUAACAUUAGAUGAAUAUAAUAAAGAAUUGAACAUUAAUGUGAUGUCAAUAGAAAAUUGUACCAUCGCAAGAAUUAUGAACCAAUCUACAGAAGAUUAUACAAAUAUCGUACAAGUUUACAAAGACUCCAAUAUUUUAUGUUUAGAACAUGCUCCCGUUUUAACAAAAAUCACGAUUAUAAAGGCCAGUGUACUUUCAAUACUGGCUGCAUUAUCAUUCUUUGGAAAUAUAAUAACUCUAAUCAGUGUUAGAAGAGGAAAUCAAAACAGAGGUCGCAGUAGACCAUCUUGUACCGCGAUAUACCGUUUAAUAUUUCAUCUGACCAUAGCUGAUUUAUUUGUUACGGUGUUUUGUUUAGCGGGCGAAGCCGCUUGGUCGUUGUCAGUACAAUGGUACGCGGGUAAUGUGGCCUGUAAGGUGUUUAAAUUUUUGCAAAUGUUUGCACUACAUUUGAGCACAUUCAUCUUGGUACUUAUUGGCGUGGAUCGAUGGUUAGCGGUUAAAUAUCCUAUGAAAAGUUUAGCCACGGCUUCGCGGAGUUCGAAGUUUAUAUUUAUUGCUUGGAUCCUCAGUUUUAUACUCAGCGUGCCUCAGGCGAUUAUUUUUCGAGUUGCAAGGGGACCCUUUGUCGAGGAAUUUUAUCAAUGCGUAACACAUGGCUUCUACACAGCGCGAUGGCAAGAGCAAAUUUAUACAACAUUGUCAUUCACUUUUAUGUUUGUAAUACCUUUGAUAAUUUUGAUCUCCACCUACAUAUCAACAGUAAGAACUAUUGAGGGCAGCAAAAGGAUAUUCGAAAUCGGUUGCAAAAGGCAAGACAUUACAACUUUAGAUAUUAACAGGACCAGGCUAAUUGAUCGCGCGAAAAUAAAGUCAUUGAAGAUGUCCAUAAUCAUAGUUGCCGCUUUUGUGAUUUGGUGGACACCUUACUACAUAAUGAUGAUUUUAUUCACUUUCUGGAAUCCUGAAAAAAUUUUGGGCGAAAACCUUUUGUCCGGAAUCUUUUUCUUUGGCAUGUCAAACAGCCUCGUUAAUCCCGUUAUCUACGGAGCUUUCCACUUAUGGCCGAAAAAGAAACGAUCCAGUCAAAGCGAUAAGGAAUCAGGGGAACAACAUGCGUCUUUCCUCCGCCGCUGCGACCAGUACUCGUCAGUCAAGCAAACCACUUUAAGGUCAAUCAGAUCAUCCACAAAAAAUUCUAAUGGACAAAAUGUUACUUUCCUUUAAAAUAUACCAAAUUGUUACGAGAAAAGAA